CCGUACAUAAUCCAAACACGGCUGCUCGCCAGUUGUUGUCGACCAUUUUUUUCUUUGGUUAGUUGGUUUGUCAAAUUCUUUAUUUUGAAUAGAAAAAGAUGGGUGGUUCAUCUGGUAAAAAACAUAAGUCCGAUAGGGAGAGAAGCAGUCGGGAUUCCAGAAAGAGACGCCGUCGAAGUCGCUCCAGGUCCAAGUCCAGGUCCAGGUCGAGGUCUUACUCACCGGCGUACGACGAGAGGGACAGAUACAGGAGCAGCAGCAGACACCACAAGAAGCACAAGAAACGCGAGCGCAGGGAUCAUGACAGCGAUGUGGAAUUCAUCGAUGAGACUCCGGCACCAGUCAAGACUGUUCAGCCAACUGCUCCUUCUCCACCCAAAAUAUCGGGCAAGGAGUAUGAUGAGCGGAAGCAUACUCACUCGUCGCGCAAGGAUGAAAAAUCUAGUAAACGUAAGAGGAGUCCGACUCCACCGUCUAGUAGUAAAUCCAAGGAAUCAUUGUCCAUCGAAGAAACAAAUAAAAUUCGAGCCAAGCUUGGGUUGAAACCAUUGGAAGUAGACAGUGGACCGAAACCAGGAACUGAUGUGUUUAAAGAUGAUUUGGGUGAAUUUCACCAUAAACCAGCAGUCAACAAUGCAGAGAAAGCAAAAACUGAAAAAAUUAGAGAAAAGCUUGCUACGAUUAAGCAAAAAAGACAAAUUGACUCUGUUUUAUCUUCUGUUAAAACAUUGGGAUCUGAUUCAGAAGAUGAUGAUGCUGCAGCAUGGGUUGAAAAAAACAGAAGAAUUGAAGAAGAAAAGAGAAAAGCUGCGGAAAGAGCAAAACUUUUGGAUCAAAUGGAUGAAGAAUUUGGUAUUGGUCAAAUUGCAAAAGAAGAGCUGGCGUAUGAUAGAGCAAAGGCAUAUUCAGAUAAAGAUUUAAAAGGCUUACGUGUAGAACAUGAUUUGAAUACUUUUAAAGAAGAUACUAAUGUCAUUUUGACACUGAAAGAUAAAGAUGUGCUGGCUGAGGAUGAUGACGUUUUAGUAAAUGUAAAUAUGGUUGAUGAUGAACGUUACAAAAAGAACGUUACAAUUAAACAAAAGAAACCAGGAUAUGAUGCUUUUGAUGAAAGUCAAUAUGAUGAGUAUGGCAUGUCAAAGGGUCAUAUUUUAGAAAAAUAUGAUGAAGAAAUCGGUGGAGAAAAACGAGAUAGCUUUACUAUUGGUAUGGUGGAUGCAAAGGCCAUGAUGAGGCAGCAAGCUGAAAGAGAAAAAGAAAAAUUAGCUAAUAAAAGGUUGGAAACUUUGAAUUUCAUUGAACCAAAAAUAGCUAGUGACUAUUAUAAUGAAGAAGAAAUGGAAAAGUUUAAAAAACCUAAGAGAAAGGUUAAAAAAAUAAGAAAGAAUAAAAUGCUCAAAGCUGAUGAUCUUCUACCGACGAAUGAAGAUUACAUGGGACCUCCAGAUGAUAAAAGCUUGUUAAAAUUAGAAGAUGAUUUUGAAAAGCCAGUGAAAAAGAUAAGGAGUAAAAGCUUGAUGCUUAAACCUGAAGACCUUCUCACACCCAAAACUGAGCCCAAUGGUCAUAUCUAUGAAGAGGACAUGUCAAAUAACAUUGUGCUAAAUGCUACAGCUGAAUUUUGUAGGUCUCUUGGUGAAAUUCCUACCUAUGGUCAAGCUGGUAAUCGACGGGAUAAACCAGAAUUUAUGGAAUUCGAACUAGAAGCACCCAAACAAGAACCAAUGGAGGAAGAAAUGGAUGACGAUCGGGGUACAUGGAAUCAAGUCGAUACAACGAAUGCUGUACCCGUAGUUGCCCCAGUUCAAAUAGAAGCAAUUUUGGACGAGCCAACGCUUGACCAAGGCAUCGGCAGCGCUUUGAAAUUUGCCAUGAGCAAAGGUUAUCUCGAGAAGGAAGAAAAUAACAGAGCCACUGCAUCGAGAUUCGCUCAUCUCCAGGCUCAAAAAUAUUCCAUCGAGGACAAGGCACACGGCGAGGAUGACAAAUUCAACAGGAGGGACAGAUUCAGUGGGCCAACUAUGGAUUUCAAAGAGAAAGAUGGCUUCAAACCCAACGUCAAAUUGGAGUACAUCGAUGACAACGGUCAUCUGCUGAACGCCAAAGAGGCGUUCAGGUAUUUAUCCCACAAAUUCCACGGCAAAGGACCCGGUAAAAAUAAGGUGGAAAAACGCAUGAAGAAGAACGAACAAGAGAGCCUGUUGAAGAGGAUGUCUUCGACCGAUACCCCCUUGGGUACUCUCAAUCUUCUGCAAGCCAAGCAGAAAGAAACGCAAUUGCCGUUCAUUGUGCUCAGCGGAAGUAAGCAAGUGCAAACCCCUACCAUUUCAAAAUCCAAGAUGUGAGAUCGCUGUAAAUAUUUGCCGAAACAAUUUAUGUACAUAUAUUUAUUAUAUUAUUAACGAACCAAUCGAUUUACUCUUGAAAACACGCAGUCUGUGUUAACUCUGUACCGUGCAUGGAUAUAAUCUACGAAUAAUUUAGAAGCACUAUGAAAAAAUGUAUUUUUUUUUAAUACAAAAAUAUAAGCUCCAAAAAACA